AUAAUAAGAAAUGUAUAGAGUGUCAGGUUACUAGUUCAGUGAGAUUUCGUUUAUUAGGUGACGAAAAAUGGAAAGAAAUCAAGGCUAGAAGUUUAGAAAGAGAAUCAUGGAGAAAAGAUAAAGAAAAGCCAAUAAAUAUUUCAGAAGAAGAAAUUGAAGAAAUAAAUAUAUCAAGUGCAAAUUUUGGACUUGUGGAAGCUAUAA